AUGUCCAGCGCAGUGUCCACAGGAUCUGCCGCGGCUAAUGCGCGCAGGAAAAGCAAAGAAGCAGAGGCCAAGAGGCAGACCUUGCCAUUCAACAAGGAGUUUGUAGACGAGUACAGGCACCGCAUGAAGGGCGAUCCGGACCCCGAAGCUCAAUUCGCCUUUGCGAAGUACCUCAUCGAGGCUGCAAAGAAGGUGCAGGAUCCUAGAGAUGGACCAAAGCAAGCCCGAAAGUAUCGAGAUGCGCUGCUUGGAGACAGUCUGAAGCUCAUCAAGCGGCUAGCUACCACUGGAAUGGGCCUGGGCAAGCCUCCUUACUCGGAGGCGCAGUACUUUCUCGCAAAUUGCUUUGGCACAGGCUCACUCGGCUUGCAGGUGGACCACGAAAAGGCGUACAAUUUGUACGUGCAGGCUUCGAAACAGAACCACGCAGCGGCGACGUACCGCACUGCGGUGUGCAACGAGGUAGGAGCGGGCACGAGGAGAGAUCAUCAUCGUGCGGUUCUCUUUUACCGGAAAGCAUCUGCCUUGGGGGACACUGCUGGCAUGUACAAGUUGGGCAUGAUUCUGCUGAAUGGUUUGUUGGGUCAGCCGCGAAACAUUCGGGAGGCCGUGGUCUGGCUGAAGAGAGCCGCAGGACAAGCAGACGAAGAGAAUCCCCACGCGCUGCACGAGCUGGGACUGCUGCACGAAAAGGGCGGUAGCAGCGUCGUGAUGCACGAUGAAGCGUAUGCCAGAGAGCUGUUCACGCAAGCCGCUCAACUCGGGUACACGCCCUCUCAAUUCAAGCUCGGCUCUGCGUACGAAUACGGGCAUCUCACUUGUCCCGUCGAUCCACGGCGAAGCAUCGCUUGGUACACCAAGGCGGCAGGCAAGAAUGAUGGAGAAUCAGAACUGGCCCUUUCUGGCUGGUACCUGACGGGCUCGGAAGGUGUGUUGAAGCAGAGCGACAGCGAAGCCUAUUUGUGGGCCAGGAAAGCCGCGCAAAAGGGAAUACCAAAGGCAGAGUAUGCCGUGGGCUACUACUCCGAAGUCGGCAUCGGAGUCAAGUCGGAUGUGGAGGAGGCAAAGAGGUGGUACAUGCGAGCUGCUGCCCAAGGCAACAAGCGAGCGAUGCAGAGGCUGACGGAGCUGAAACGCAUGGGCGGUAAAGCGGGCAAGACUGGCAAGAGACCUACGCGGGGGGAUGCGCAGCAAGAGUGCGUCGUUGUGUGA